AUGCAGUCGUGGAUCCAGUCUCGAAAUCUGGCGCGAGUCGGCGGCGGUGGCGGCGGCGGCGGUUCCUUCCACACACGCGCGCGCACCAUGGGGAAAAAAGACUUCGUCAAAGAAGCCGACGCCGCGAUGGCGGCCACCGGCGAGAUCUCCGACCCGCGCUUCCGCGCCGCGCACAGCGACCCGCGCUUCAUGCGCUUCCCCACCGCCGCGACCAAGACGAAGAUCGACAAGCGAUUCCAGAAGAUGUUCAGCGAUCCCAACUUUGGCACCGGCGGCCCCGCCGCCGGGCGCGAUAAGCGCGGGAGGAAGAGCGUCAAGGCCAACAAGACCACCAAGGACGACCUCAAGGAGUUCUACGACAUCGAAGACGACGAGGACGACGACGAGGACGCCGAGGACAAAGACGCCGGCGACGCGAAACGGAAGGAGGAGAAGAAAAAGCGAGACGACGCCGGCGCGAGCACCGAGGAUGAGCUGCUCGCGAGGCUCGAGAAGUCCCGCGCGCGCAUGCGCGGCGCCGUGGUCUCCUCCUCUUCCGACGAGGACUCCGAUGAGGACUCGAGCGACGGCGACGGCGAGGACUCCGACGCCACGGACGAGGAGGGCGAGGAAGGGGUCAUUCCCCAGAUGCUCCAGGGAGCCUCGGGUCACGGCGACGACGUUCCCACGUGCGACGCCACCAAACGCGUCGCCAUCGUCGACCAGGAGUGGCAGCACCUGCGGGCGGUGGACUUACUCGUCGUGCUGAGGUCGUUCUGCCCGAAGAACGGGCAGGUGCGACGCGUGACGGUGUACCCGAGCGACUUUGGGUUGCAGAGGAUGGCGGAGGAGGCAAAGCACGGUCCGCUCGCUGCAUUUGGUAAAACAUUCGCCGAGACGCAAGCCGCCAAAAAGGGUAAUAAGAACGAGGGUAAGAAGGCGCAGAAGGCGGACGACGACAGCGAACUCUCCAUGGAGUCGGACUCGGAGUCCGAGUCGGACUCGGACGACGUCGGGGCGGCCAAGGCGGAGGACCCGGCUGUCGCCAACGAGCGGAUGCGACAAUACGAGCGCGAUCGAAUGCGAUACUACUACGCCGUGGUCGAGUUUGACACCGUCGACACCGCGCACGCGGUGUACAAGGAGUGCGACGGGCUGGAGUUCGAGCGAUCGAGCUGCAAGCUGGACCUGCGGUACGUGCAGGACGAUCAGUCCUUCGACGGGCGCGAGAUUCGCGAUUUCGCGACGGACGUUCCGGGCGAUUACGAACCACCGGAGUUUCAGGCAAAGGCGCUUCAGCACACCAACGUGAAGCUGACCUGGGACGAGGACGACCCGGCGAGGAAGAAGGCUUUCGCCAGGAAGCUCACGGAGGACAAGCUGAAGGACGAGGACUUCGCCGCGUACAUGGCGGACUCGCAGUCCGACGACAGCGACGUCGAGGAGGACGAGGAGAAGGACGAGCGCGGUGCAAAGAAAUCCAAAUCCAAGGCGGAUGCGGAGGAGGAGAAGCGGCGAUACCUCGCGUUGCUGGGGCUGGGCGGCGGCGGCGACGCCAACGGCGAGGCCGGCGGUGACGACGACGACGACGACGAGGACGACUUCAUGAAGUCCGCCAGCGAGGGCUCCGACGACGAGGACGGCUCCGAGGGGGACGACGACGAAGAGGCUGACGAAGGGUUCAGGCGCGCCACCUGGGGCGGGUCGAAGAAGUCCGCCGCCGGCGACAGGUUCGGGAACAAAUCCUCGAGGAAGAAGGACGGCGACAUGGAGGUGACGUUUCACGCGGGUCUCGAGGAAUUUGGCGCGCGCAUGCGCCGCAAGAAGGAGCUCGGCGGCCGGGCGGAGUCGGUGUUUGAGCGGGAGGAGCGGCUUCGAAGGGAGAAGAGGGAGAAGAAGAAAGCCGAGAGGAAAGCGGGGGUGGCGAAGGCGGGGGCGGGUUCGGACUCGGACGACGACGCGGAGCCGAAGGAUUCUGGCUUCGACGACCCGUUCUUCGACGGCGAGGGCGACGCGGACGACAUCGACUGGGACGGCAUGGGGGGCGAAUCGGACGACGAGAUUGGCGAGAAGACGAUUCCCAAGGGCAAAAAGUCCAAGGCUAACAAAAAGUCCUCCGCCGCCGCCGCCGACGAGGAUCGGUUCAAGCUGGAGAAGGAGAGCAAGAAGCAGAAGAAGCGGAGGGAGCGAGGCGAGACCGACGAUCCGGACGCCGCGCGCGAACGCGCGGACCUCGAGCUGCUCAUGAUGAACGACGACGAGGUAAGGGGCGCGGGCUCGGGCGCCGGCAUUCUCGGAGUCAAGAGAUCAUCCAAAAAACCUUCCGACGACGACGGCGGCGACGACGGCAAGAAGGGACGCAAGUCGCGCAAGGAGAGGCUCGCGGAGAAGCGCAAGUCCCGGGGCAAGGCUGCGAGGCGUCAGGAAUCCGACGACGAGGACGACGAGACGGCGAACGGCCGCGGAUCCGGCGCGAACGUGGACACCGCGGAUCCCCGUUUCGCGGGUCUCUUCGAGUCGCACCACUUCGCCCUCGAUCCCACGGACCCGAGGUAUAAGGACGUCAAGGCGGCGGAUGCGAUCGUCAGGGAGAGGGACAGGCGGCGGCGAGCGAAGGACGCGGCGCCCAAGCGUAAGAAGAGCGAUGCCGGGGACCUCGCGGGUGCGGGGGCUGGCGACGCGAAGUCGAAGGCGGGCAAGGCCAAGGAUUUGGAGCUGUCGGCGAUGGUCGCGGGUCUGAAGCGUAAAAAGGUGGCCACGGUGUGA